AUGGCUACAACAGAGGUCAACGGGAAGGAAGGAAAAGGGGAAAGGGAGCAGACGGACAAGAAGAAGGAUGGCAAGCGGGAGAAGAUGCAAGCCCCCUUCAAGGGGCGCUGCUACAACUGCAAUGAGGAGGGGUACAUGGCUGCCAAGUGCCCCAACAAGAAGAAAGAUACAACGCAUGCGGCAGCCGCGAAUGUAGCUGAAGGAGACGGGAAGGGUGUGGCGCUCACCGUCGCAUGUUCGGCUGCAAAGUUGCUGGCCGACGACAAGGACUUGUGGUUCCUUGACUCAGGACGCUCCCAACACAUGACCGGCCGCAAGGAUUGGUUCACGGUGAUCCGCGACCCAUCUGCAACGAAAUCAGUCAAAGGCGCGCCGGAAGAGAAUGACAAAGCGGCCAACCUCACAACAUAUGUAGUGGGGACCGAGGCGAUGCUCAACCUGCGGCACACUCACCUUGAGAAUGACCAUGCUGGUGUGGCGCAGUGGACAGCCACAAACUGUGGCAUGCUAGGCAUGGACCUAGAGAAAGGAGGGGAGGACACGUCGAGCGCCUCCUCCCAAGAUGCCAAACUCACUCGUCAAACGCUUCCGCUGCCUGACGAGCGAGAGGGGGAGGUUCUUGGGAUGGUCCAUGGCCCUGAGCAGAACCAGCCGCCGUCACGUAUCGUCAUCAUAAUCUCAGUGCCAUCCGUGCAAGGGGGCAAACAACCGUUUGAUCGUUCGGUUGACCAUGUGGGCAGCAACGCAACCAUGGCUCCGCCAGCUCUCUGUCCAUCCUUAGCUGCUGGCUUGGCAUCUGUGGGACCACAGGUUGGUCCCUCUGCGGAUGGACGUCGUGCGGCUGAUGAAGACAAGGAAGGAGAGGCAACGGACCUGAAAUCGGCGGCAACCCAUGGGAAGGACCCCAUACCCACGGUUCCGCCCCUCCAUCCCACUCCCCCACCCCCAUGUCAUUCUAGCAGGUCCAACAAGGGUAUGCCACCUGCUCGGCUUCCCGCAUCCACCAUGACAGCCUUAGAUGCGGUUGAUGGCAACAACAUGUAUGGCAUUGCAUUGCUUGCUGGAGGUGCUUAUGGCACGGACAUCUACUAUGAUGUGGAGUACUUGGAUGAGGCUGAUGAGGAGGAAGGGGGAUUGAGGAGCAUCAUCAUCAACCUCGAGGUAACCUUGACCGGACCUGAAGGCAAGGUGGUGGACAAAGGUCUCCUCGUGGUGGACUACAUGUCAUCCACGGAAGGCUAUCUUGGUCUGCAGAUUGUGUGCGACCACCCCAACAAGACGCUCCUCCUGCACCAGAAUGCAUGUGGCGAAGGUGCAGCAGCGGUUCUUCAAGGGGGCGCCACUGAAGAAGCAGCCGAUCACCCCUCUCUCCUCUACCAGCUUUGUCAUGGAGGAUGCUGA